GACCGAACUGUAAAUUUUGUAAACCUGCAGCGCCCCGUUGAGGAAUUUGUCCUUCUCUCUGAAAACCCUAAGCCCCGCCGUCUUCUCCCUCGCCGCCGAUCGGACCCCCAAAUCCUCCGCCUCCGCUCCCACCCGCGCGCCGCCAUGCCGGACGUGCAGCCUCUCGUCAGUGAGUUCGUCCUGAAGCUCAAGCGCCGGAAGGUGGAGGGGUCGCAUGCUGUGGCGCGGCAGACGGCGGAGCUUCUGAGGUCAGUGGUGUCACAGCACCGGAUGGGCAGCACUAACCAAGCGGCCGCCCUCGCCGACGCCAUCCGCUCCGUCGGGGAGCAGCUCAUCUCCGCUAAUCCCAUCGAGCUUGCAGUUGGAAACAUUGUGAGACGUGUUUUGCAUAUAAUAAAAGAGGAAGAUAUAUCUUCUACAGCAGUUGGUAUCGAAGGUCUUUCUGUAACUGUUGACAGUGAUGAUGAAUAUGACAGUGGAAAUGAUGACCAUCCUACCCUAUCCGCUGCUGUUCUUGCUUCCCAUGCGAGAAAUGCCCUCCGUGCACCUUCAUUGCAGACUCUACUGGACGAUAUUCCUGUGAGCACUGCACUUUCACGUUCUGCAUCAUCAACUGGGGAUUCAGAUGGGAAAACAGCUGGUGACAAGAGCUUAAAAACUCGGAAACUAAAGCAUGAUGUUAUUGCUGCCAUUGGCGAUCUUAUUGAGGAGAUUGAUACAUGCUAUGACCAGAUUUCUGAGCAAGCCGUGGAACUUAUUCACCAGAAUGAGGUGAUCCUAACUUUAGGUCGUUCGAGAACCGUGAAGGAGUUCCUGUAUGCUGCUAAGGAGAAGAAGAGAUCUUUUCGUGUAUUUGUUGCUGAAGGUUCUCCAAGAUAUCAGGGACAUGUUCUUGCUAAAGAGCUGGUUGAGAAAGGUGUACAGACUACUGUUAUAACAGAUUCUGCAAUUUUUGCUAUGAUCUCCCGAGUUAACAUGGUCAUAGUUGGAGCUCAUGCAAUAAUGGCAAAUGGUGGAGUCAUUGCACCUGUUGGGAUGAAUAUGGUUGCUCUUGCUGCUCAAAAGCAUGCUGUACCCUUUGUCGUGGUUGCAGGCAGUCAUAAGUUGUGUCCUUUAUAUCCACACAAUCCGGAGGUUUUACUGAACGAACUUAAAUCACCAUCUGAUUUGCUGGACUUUGGCGAGUUCUCAAAUUGCAUGAACUUCAGUACCCAGGAUGGUACUCCACUUCUAAAUGUUGUUAAUCCAACAUUUGACUACGUGCCACCGAAGCUUGUCAGUCUUUUCGUCACCGACACUGGCGGGCACAGUCCAUCAUAUAUGUACCGGCUUAUUUCUGAAUACUACUCAGCUGAUGAUUUGGUAGUACAACGGAAGUCAACAUCUUGAAAGAACACAAGCCACAUUGGACUACUGGUGUGUGUUACCAUUAUGAAGAUAAUCUGGGACAUUGUUUAAACCGAAAUGAUGUUGCCACACUCAUCGUGGUUCUUCGUUUUGCCUGUAGUGUGUAGGAGAUUGCUCACUUGAGUGGAAUCAGCUGUUUUCCCUUUGUGUAAGUGUAAGUACUAUCAAAUUGUGCAAGUACUAUCAAAUUGCAGGAGGUCAAUGCAAUCAUGCUCCUUGUGAAAGUUUUAA